AACAAGAAGGACCCAGCGAAGAUGAGAUCUCCUCCGCCACCGUCGUCUCUUAGGAACGGAGAAACCUCGCCUCGAAUGGCGCCGGCAGUCCCUCAUUUCCAGUCCACCGUGUCCGUACAUAAGCUUCGACGCUUCAACACGCUGAUACUGGUUCUCCGCUUCUCCUCUUUCUGUUUCUCUCUUGCUGCUGCCAUCUUCAUGUUCACUAACUCCCAUGGCUCCAGUUCUCCCAGCUGGUUCGACUUUGAAGCUUUUAGGUUUGUGCUGGCUGCAAAUGCAAUUGUUGCCUUGUAUUCGUUUGCGGAGAUGGGAGCUUCGAUUUGGGAGAUUCUCAAAGGCACCACUUUGUUCCCGGAGACUGUACAGGUCUGGUUUGAUUUCGGUCAUGACCAGGUUUUCGCGUACCUGCUGUUGUCUGCGAACGCUGCGGGAACGGCAUUGAUCCGGACUUUCAGAGGAGGAGAAACUUGUACGGUGGUGAACAUGUUUUGCGUUCAAUCCUACAUCUCCAUUGGCCUGGGCUUCGCAGGCUUCCUCUUCCUAGGAUUCUCUUCGUUGCUCUCUGGUUUCCGGGUCGUUUCCUUAAUCAUCAAUGGCUAUCGUUUUCAUGUCUAAACUUUUCUUUACCUUUUUCUCUUCCCAUCUCUUUUCUCCAUUAAUGUCAACCUACCAUCAUUGUGUACUGUAUGUAAACACGGU